AUGUUAGAAAAUUCACAAAAAUUUUUAAAACUUGCUAUAAUUGGUGCACCUAAUGUUGGAAAAUCUUUAUUAACAAAUCAGCUUGUCAAAGCAAAUGUAGCAGCUGUUAGUAAACGUAUAGAUACAACACGUAAAAAUAUGACAGCAGUAUUUACAAAAAGUAAUUAUCAAUUUGCUGUUGUAGAUUCACCUGGAUUAGUUGGCAUUAAACAUGCUAAUACUUAUAAUGAAGGAAAAAAUUCAACAUUAUUAACAGAUCCUGAAAAAGCAAUGAAACAAUCUGAACAUGUUUUAGUUGUUCAUGAUGCUACACUUCCUGGUGAUUAUAUUCAUCAUAGAGCUAUGUUUUUACUUCAUAAAUAUAGUCAUCUACCUUCAACAUUAGUUAUUAAUAAAGUAGAUUUAAUUGAAGAUAGAACUUAUUUACUUCCAUUAGUUAAAAUUUUAGCAGAAAAUCAAGUUGGUGGUAAUGAAAUAGUAACAAAAAGAGUUAGCUUUGGAAAACUUGGUAAAGUAAAUGAAAAAAGAAUUGAUAAAGGAGAAAGAGAUGAUAUUCCAUUAUAUGAUAAAAAUAAUUUUUCUUUAAAAGGUAAAGAUGAAAAUUGGAAGAUAUUAUAUGAUAAAGUGAUGGCUAAACCAUAUGAUAAAUGUUCAUGGUCAGAAACAAAAAAGUUAUUUUUAGAUAUAAGAGGUUGGCCAAAUUUUGAUUCUGUUUUUUUUGUCAGUUCAUUAACUGGUGAAGGAAUUGAUGCUUUAAGAAUUCAUUUAAUUGAUCAAACAACUAAAAGAAAAUGGUUAUAUGAUAAGAAUACAAUAACAACAAAAAAUCCAAAAGAAAUAUGUUUGGAUAUGAUAAGAGCUGAAUGUCUUAAUUACCUACCAUCAGAGGUUGGUUAUGGUUUGGAGUUUAAGAUCAUGGAUUGGAGUCAUAAUGAUGAUCAGUUGGAUAUUAUCAUUGACAUAAUAGCUUUAAAAAAAAGAUGGGCAAAAUUAUUAUUUAAUUCAACUCCACCAAAAUUAAGGUUAAUUGAACAAAGUGUUAAUUAUUCUCUACAAAAUUUACUAAAUGAAAAGUUGUAUGUUAAACUAUUGGCAAAAUAUAAGGGAAAAACGGUAUCUGAAGGAGAUUAUGAAACUAUAUAA